UAAAUGUUGAGAAUCGUUUUAUUUAUUUAAUUCUUGAAUUUUAUUGAUGAAGGUUUAAGAUAGAGUGGAGAUAUUUAAAUGAUAUUUGUAAAUGGUAAAAAAGAUUAGAUAUUGGUGAAGUAAAAGAGAUUUGCAUAAUUAAGGUAAUGAUGAAUAAAUUAAUAAAUAAGAUCAAUGCCAGAGUUAUCAGAAGAUGAUGAAGGAGGAGAUGAUGGUGGAGGAGAUGAUGGUGGUGAUGAUGAAAUAUAAGCAGGAGGAGGUGGAGGUCCAAGUUUAGGAGGUUUAUCAGGAGGAAAUCCUAGAGAUGCAGAAACAGAAGAAAAUUUAAGAUUAGAUGCAUGGUCAAUUAUAAGAAAUUUAGAUGAAUUUAUGAUUGUACAGAAUUAAAGAUUAAUGGAUGCAUUGUAUGGAGAUGCAAUUGAAUAAAAUGAAGAAAUGGAAGAAUUAAUCUAUGAUUUGACAGACAACAUCGAUCAUUGGACUUAUAGAAUUUAUAGCAAAUUCUAGAAAACAAAUCUAGCUUUAGAAGAUAGUCGAUACACAUCAGCAAAGACUGCUAUAAUUGUAUUUGAAUUAUAAUGUAUUUAUAGGCUAUAGACAGUUAAAUUAGAAAAGCUAAUUAAUAGUUAAAAAUAUAUUAUGGGUAAUUAUAUAGAUUGUAGGAUCAAAUACCAGAUGAAGAAGAAUAAUGUGCUUAAUUCUAUACAUGCAAAGAAUGCUUGACUAAUGAAGGUUGUGGAUGGUGUCCAUUGAAUGAUAAGUGUGUAGUUGGUGAUGAAAAUGGACCAUUAUUUUAAUAAUGCCAAUACUACAAUUAUUAGUUCUGUUAAGGAAAAUAAUGUUUAAAGUAUUCUACUUGUAAUGUAUUAAUCAAUUUAUUAAUUAGACUUGCUUAUCAGAUUCAGAAUGUGGAUGGUGUUAAGUUGAUGAAGAUAAUAUCAAGGUCUGUUUGUAAUAACCUAGGAAUUUCUAAGGAUGUCCAGAAGGUCAUUGGUAUCAUAUCGCAGGAGAAUCAUUUGCAUGUCCAUUUAAAAGUUAAAAACAAAAAAUGGAAGAAGAUGUUCCAUCUCAUAAAUUUUGGAUGAGGCCAAAAGCAAAACCUCCUUAAUGCAAACCUGUUGAUUCUGCUAUGAAAGCAAAGAUUCAAAAAGAAAGACAAUAAUAUAAUGAUAAAUCUGAAUAUAAGCCGGAUUAAAAUAGAAAUAAAGAAGUGGUAUAACUUGUACUUAUGUACAAUAGUAAUUGAAUUUUAAAAACACUCUUCAACAAAAAGUAGUUUAAUUAAAGAAUUUAGUAGAAGAACUAAUAGAAAGAAGAGAUGAUAUAUAAGCUUGGCUUGAUGAAUACAUGAAGACCAGAGGUAUAGAACCAUCUGAGCCAGUCGAAAACCAAGAUUAAGAUGCUGGAGAAGAAUCACCUUAAGAAAAUUAAGAAUAAUAAUAAGAUUCAUCAAGUUCUUAAGGAUAAGCAGGUAAUAAUAAAGUUCAAGUUAAGAAAGAGAAAAAAUCAAAAAAAAGUAUUUUAAUUUUAAUUUUUUUAAGAAGUUGUUUAGAUAAUAGCUGAAGAAACUGCUAGUCCUGAGGAAGAAUUAAUGCCUGAGGGAAUGUAAGAAGAACAAUAAGAAGAAGUACUUGAAUAGGGAGAAGAAGAUGUAGAAUAUGUUUUUGAAACAUCUAAAGAAUAUAAAGUUGAUAUUCGUGAAAUUCAUGUUGAAAGAUAGAAAACAAAAAAAGUUGACAAAGAAGAAAUUGAGGAUAAAAAAUAUAAAGAUUAAGGAGAUAGAGAUAUAGAGGGAGAUUUAGAUACGGAUUAUUACUAAGAUUAUUAUAAAUAAAGAAAAAAGCAUUUUAGAGAUUUUGAAAAGUAUUAUCCAAAAUGA